AUGCAUUACAAACACACCAGUCAAGACGCAACGCCGAAUCGAAGGGAGUUUGGAUGUAAGACGCAACGCCGAGUCGAAGGGAGUUGGAUGCAAGACAAUACCUUCAUACCUGCUUCCGACUCAUUGUCACGUCAUGCACACAGCAAACCAGACGCAAUGCCGAUUCGAAGCGAGCUUGCGGUAAGACAGCUCACGUAA